UCUUGCUUUCAUCCCCACCUCCUUUCGACCACAACCACACGGUUAACAACACAUACCCUUCAUUCUUCCCUCCACAUACACACUAACGGCUCUGCUAACUAUACCCAAUCCAUCCACAAAGAACGGAGUCUCUGACGAAUUUUCCAGAGAAUUUGGGGCUCGAAUUGUAGUGAAGUGGGUAUAAGGAGAGUGUGGUGAAGGUGUUAUUAGGCCAUUGCAGUUUAGGUGUUUGACAAAUUGUUCCUUUGGAUGGGAAGGUAAUGUUGGAAUCUAUAUAGAGUGUAAUUAUGGCUUCUUUUGCUUCCUUGGUGGGUUUGGGAAGUAUCUGCACUUGUUCUUCUGGUCAAUUGGAAGGGACCCGUUUAUCUAUUAGGAGAGUUUAUUUGCCCACUAGUUCUUGUGGUUUUCAUAGCUUAUUGGUUGGGAAGAGGUGGAGGUAUGUCUCGAUUUGUAAAUAUUCUGUGGCUACUGAUUUUAUAGCUGAUCAAGGGACUUCUGUAUCUCUUAAUGCAACCAAUAAAAGUAGCAAAGAGGAUGCUUCUGAUCUCUUACUUAAGCCAACUCGAAGGCCCGUGUUGAAACCGCCUGAGGCUAAGAUAGAACAGGUUUCUGGCACAAAUAAUGCUGGUUGGGACCCAACUAAGCUUGGUGGUGGUUCUGGUAGGGAGAAGUUAGAUGAACAAGAAGAGAGGAAUAAGGUGAUUGAGUCAUUGGGGGAGGUAUUGGAGAAGGCUGAGAAGUUAGAAACAAGCAAGAACGCGAAUGUGCCAAAUAACAGGUCAUCACCUCCUUUGAGAACAAACACAAACACUGACGAACGGAAUGCCAGCCGGGUUAAUUCAACAGCUGCUGGGAAGGCUAAGACUCUUAAAAGUGUAUGGCGGAAGGGGAAUCCAGUUUCUACUGUACAAAAGGUUGUAAAAGAAGCUCCCAAGAUUGAGAAGGUUGAUGAGGAGACAUCAAAAAUGGAGGUAACCGGGAAAGUUGAGAGUCAACCAGUUGCUCCACUAAAACCUCCCCAGCCACCUCAGAGAGUUCAACCUCAAUUACAAGCGAGACCAUCCGCAGCUCCUCCUGUCAAGCGACCAACCAUCUUGAAGGAUUUGGGAGCUGCUCCCAAGCCUGCUAUAACUGAUGAAGUUGAUUCUGGUACAAAGACAAAAGAACGCAGCGGACCCAUAUUGAUAGACAAGUUUGCAUCCAAGAGAGGAGCUGUUGACCCAAUGGUUGCUCAAGCUGUUUUAGCACCUCCUAAACCGGGAAAGGGCCCUGCUCCCGGGAGAUUCAGGGAAGAUUUUCGAAAGAGAAGUGGUGCAGCUGGAGGAGCACGCAGGCGGAUGGUUAAAGAUAAUGAAAUUAAUGACGAGGAGACAUCAGAGCUGGGUGUCUCAAUUCCUGGUGCCAAAAAGGGAAGGAAGUGGAGUAAGGCUAGCAGGAAGGCAGCUAGACUACGUGCAGCUAGGGAUGCUGAACCUGUGAAGGUAGAACUCAUGGAAGUUGAUGAAGAAGGUAUGCUAGUUGAUGAAUUAGCCUACAACUUGGCGGUCAGUGAAGGGGAAAUUCUUGGGUUUCUCUAUGCAAAGGGUAUUAAGCCUGAUGGGGUGCAGAAACUGGACAAGGAGAUGGUGAAGAUGGUUUGUAGGGAGUAUGAUGUGGAAGUCAUGGAUGUCGUUCCAACUAAAAUAGAGGAAGGGGCGAAAAAGAAAGAAAUCUUUGAUGAAGAAGACCUGGACCAUUUACAAGAUAGACCCCCUGUCCUCACCAUCAUGGGUCAUGUCGAUCAUGGAAAAACAACACUUUUGGAUUAUAUCCGGAAAACCAAGGUGGCAGCUUCUGAAGCUGGUGGGAUCACACAAGGAAUUGGAGCAUAUCAAGUUGAAGUUCCUAUUGAUGGCACUGUGCGAUCAUGUGUUUUUCUUGACACUCCUGGACAUGAGGCAUUUGGUGCAAUGAGAGCUCGUGGAGCAAGGGUCACCGAUAUUGCUAUUAUUGUAGUGGCUGCUGAUGAUGGUAUUCGUCCUCAAACAACUGAGGCCAUAGCUCAUGCCAAAGCAGCUGGUGUGCCUAUAGUUAUUGCUAUUAAUAAGAUAGAUAAGGAGGGAGCUUCAGAUCGGGUUAUGCAAGUCAUGCAGGAACUUUCUACAAAUGGCGUACAACCAGAAGACUGGGGUGGUGAUGUUCCUAUGGUUCAGAUAAGUGCUCUUACAGGCAAGAAUGUUGAUGAUUUGUUGGAAACCACCAUGCUUGUUGCAGAGCUGCAAGAAUUGAAGGCUAAUCCUGAUAGAAAUGCAAAAGGUACCGUCAUUGAGGCAGGUCUUGAUAAAUCAAAAGGACCUGUAGCUACUUUUAUCGUGCAGAACGGCACACUUAAAAGAGGGGAUGUAGUAGUUUGUGGUGAAUCCUUUGGAAAGGUCCGAGCUUUAUUUGAUGAUGGUGGAAAGCGAGUCGAUACAGCUGGACCAUCAAUACCAGUACAGGUGAUCGGAUUAAACAAUGUCCCAUAUGCCGGUGACGAAUUUGAGGUUGUUGACUCCCUUGAUAUUGCACGUGAGAGGGCAGAGGAACGCGCAAUAUCCUUACGAGAUGAACGUAUAUUGGCCAAGGCUGGUGACGGAAGGAUUACUCUUUCUUCCUUUGCUUCUGCAGUCACAACGGGCAAGAAUUCUGGAUUAGAUUUGCACCAGCUGAACAUUGUUAUGAAGGUCGACCUUCAGGGAUCAAUUGAAGCUGUGAAACAAGCCCUACAGAAGCUCCCACAAGAUAAUGUCACUUUGAAAUUCAUUUUACAAGCAACUGGCGAUGUGAGCGCUAGUGAUGUUGAUCUUGCAGUCGCUAGUAAAGCCAUUAUUUUCGGGUUUAAUGUCAAAGCACCAGGUUCUGUUGAAAAAUACGCAGACAACAAGGGCGUUGAGAUACGGCUCUAUAAAGUUAUAUACGAUCUUCUUGAUGAUGUGCGAACUGCAAUGGAAGGACUGCUAGACCCUGUUGAGGAUCAAGUGCCAAUUGGUUCGGUAGAUGUUCGUGCGGUGUUUACUAGCGGCAGCGGGCGUAUUGCAGGAUGCAUGGUGACUGAGGGAAAAGUGACGAAAGAUUGUGGAGUUCGGGUUCUGAGAAAAGGCAAGACGGUUUUUGUUGGCGUUCUUGAUUCUUUGAGACGGAUCAAGGAGGAUGUCAAAGAGGUGAACGCGGGACUAGAGUGUGGAAUUGGAGUCGACGACUUCAAUGAAUGGGAGGAAGGUGAUGUUAUCGAAGCCUUCAAUUCUAUUCAAAAAAGACGAACACUUGAAGAGGCAUCAGUGACAAUGGCAGCAGCGUAUAAGGAAGCUGGAAUCGAGAUGUAAUAACGAUAAAACAUAAAUUCGUGUCUUGUCCCCAUGAUUCUUUCAGUCAGCGAUCCAACAUUUUAGCACUGAGUCGUCAGAACAGCUUCUCUCCCAGAUUAAGCCUUAAGUUAUGGGCUUGCAGAAAAGGUUCGUUUAGCUCAGUCCGUCCUGUUAUACAUGUAUGCUACUACAUUACAUUGUACAUAGAAAUAGAAGUCGAGCUUGUAAAGAGGGACAAAAUCGAGAAUUCACAUGAUCGAAAAGCUCAAGAGUCCGAGGAGACCGACGAUGGUAACUACUUGUAAUGGUAGCACACAGGGCAGAAGUUGUAGAAAAGAAAAUAUUUUGGUGAUUCAUGAAAACGUUUUGCUGUUCUUGUUUUGCUCUUUUGACAGGAGUCAUUCGACCUUAUUCUUUGCUACUGAAUACAUUUAUGGUUUCCAGAACU